AGUUUUUUGACCACUCGCACUUUUUUUGGGCGGGCAGUACCACGACCAUCUAUUAGCGAUCGACUAGAAUUCCAAGAUGAGGAAGCUGAAGAAUCCGUUCAACGUCAAGAAGUCUUUCCCUCGGAUGUCAUGGAACCCGCAGAACCUAUUCAAUCUAUACCAACGAAGUUUCGGCCCGGAAAACAAAGACACGAAUUUCUUGAGGUCUUCCAAGACGGUAUACUGGCAGAAGUGGAGAUCGAAGGCCGUCACACGAGCCUAUCACGGGGAUUGGAUCCAAGAGAAGAAGUUCAAGCGACACUAUCUACCCGCCUCCCUUCCGGCCCUGGCUGUCAAAUCUUCCCUGAAAAAAUCCCGCUAUGGAAACCGAGAGGAGAAGGUCCCCUUGGCCGCACUGAUGUAUCAGGAACUCGAACGUCGAUUGGACGUCGCUAUCUUUCGAUCGUGUUUUGCGGAUAGUGUGUACGAAGCUCGCCGGAUCGUGAUCCAUGGAGCUGUCAAGCUGAAUGGUGUCAAGUGCAAUGCGCCAUGGACCCGGCUACACCCAGGCGAUAUGUUUACCGUCGACCCAAUGGCAAUUCCCAUGCUCAACCCUGGAAAAACAUGGCCCGAGGGCCUUGGCGAUUCGUACGUCGUUGACCUAGACCAAAAGAAGAAACCCGCACCCAAGAAGACGGAGUCGAGCCCUUCCGCAGAGCAGUCUGAACCUGUCGAGGCACUAUCAGAAAAUGACAAUACCACCGAAAAGCCUGAAACUUCCGAAACAGAAAGCUCGGCCGAAUCUCCUGAGGUGGUGCCGGAGGCCGAUGAGGACGAUCCGACAAUCAACACAGAAUCGUCGGAUGAAUCGAAGGAAACCGGCAAACCAUCGACCAAAAAGCCACAUCUGACCUUUACGCUACCGACAUACGCCUCCCCAUUCCUGUUUAUACCGCCAUAUCUUGAAGUUUCCUUCCGUCUCUGUUCGUCGGUCUAUCUUCGACACCCGACGUCAGGGCCGGGCUACUGCGAGAUCCCGACGCCAUGGGACGCGGAUGGGGAGGUGAUGAAGCUCGCCUGGGAAUGGUAUACCAAGCAAGGCCUGGGCCGCCGGAUCAGGAGAGAACGUAAGGAGUGGGAUGCGCUGCGAGACAUGAAGAGGAACCCGUUCGCCGAGGGCCAUCUCAGGAAACAUGCCCUCGGAGGCCGGGUCGCUGUCCAUGGAAAAUACGAAGGCGGACGAGUCGGUACGGCUCGCUUGGGUAGUGCAGAGCCCAGACUCACUCCUGUCAGAUAGCUUCCUCAUUCGACUGUAAAUAUAUACAUAAUAUAUACUCUCAUAUAUUCAAAAUUGGCCUUGUCAGGUUGAGUGGGACUUCCCGAUGUAUAUCUUGCGUUCCAAACCCGACCCCUUGGGCUCAAUCGCAAGACUUUGAUUUCUGAGAGUGUCUUUGACAAUAUACCUAAUCUGCAAACUUCCUGCCGGCUUAGUCGAUGGAUAUGUACAAGUUCUCUUCUUUUUUUCUUCUUGUUUUUGAAACUCUAUAUCUUAAUAGAUUAGAAUAACCAAUACCACCUUUACCCGGUCAUUGUAAUUAUAAGCAAUCCUCUUAGACCCUCAAUGUGUGCUUACAAAGUUGUUUUUGUGGAGGCUUAUGAUCUCGAUGAUUCAAA